AUGGAGAAGCGCCAGCGUGUGCACGUCCGGCGUGCGGACUCUGCUAACUGCCGUACCAAGGACCUCUAUGUUGCGCCUUCGGCAGGAUCCCAGGUGGCUGCCGGCAAUAUGACCCUGCAGUGGAACCCCAAGUGCUUUUCGAGUGGCAAGGUCGAUGUCUACCUCUAUGCGCAGCAGCAACAGUCGGCUGCGCUCCCUGUGCACGCCUGGCUGGGCCUUCCGGCAUCGCAAGGCUCGUACACUGUCCAACUCCUCCCGCAGUGGUGGAACGCUACGGAAAGCGUUCAGGCGAACUUGCAAUUCGUUCCCUCUGGCUCCCAGGCGUGGGAGACUCCUUACCCACUUAGCAGCAGCUUCAACAUCACAAACCCGUCUGGAAAAGCGAGCCAAGGCCAGAGCAUUGGCUCGCAGUACGUCACCGACCUCGACCCCUCUGCCGGCCAGAUCUCGCACGGUGGCCUGGCGGCCGCCAUCGUCGUCCCGGCGGUCGUCGUGCUCGGCCUGCUGGUUGCGACCUUCCUUUGGCUGCGCAAGCGUGCGCACAAGCGUGAGGAGGAGCGAAGGGAGAACUCGAUGCGCUACUCACAGUACGCUGGCACGCAUUCGGGCGGCGAAAUGACGCAGGCCGCCUCGAGCGUGCCGCCGAUGAGCGUGUACAACAUGAACCACUACAAUAUGGACGAGCCGGCAUUCCUGCCGGAGCACGCGCAGCAGCACCAGGGCCACACCCCGUCGCCGCUCAUCGAGUCGAACUACAACUUGGCGCCGGUCGCCAAGGAGCACGACGACUCAAUCGACGACACGCAGUCCGGCCCCUCGAACGGCGAGAUGGAGGCGACCGUCGACGAGGAGUCGGAGCCGGAGCAGCGGGUCGUUCCACGCUCGCGCAGCUCGACGCGUCUGCACUACGCCGGCCUUCCCCGUGGUCCUGCUCGCCGCUCGAUGCUCGAGCCCGACUUUUGGUUUGAAAACACCCAUGACUCGCCGGACAUGGACUCGAUCCCGUCGACCCGCGAAGAGGCCGAGAAGCAGCGGCAGUCGCGCUCGCGCCGGCCUCCCUCGCAGCGCCUCAGCGUGCGCGACGUCGGCCCCCGGCCCCGCUCGCGCAGCCGGCGCCGCACGAUCGAGCUCGAGGAGGCGCCGGAGCCUGCUCCCCUUGCUGCGCUUGCGCCGGCCAUCCAGCGCACCGUGCCGCCGACUAUGCUGCAGCACGCGACGCAGGGCCCGCCGCGCGAGCCGUUCACGUUUGUCGACGACUCGAACCAGCGCCGCGUGUCCUCCAACGUGCUCGGCACCCACACCCGCGACGAGAAGGUGUCCGCCUACCUCUCCCAGCUCCCUUCGUUUGACGAGUCGCCCGGCUCGGAACUGUACGUCCCUCCGGUGUCGGAAGGGCGCAUGAGCCGCCGGCAGUCGGCGGCCGCUCCGUCGGUGCGUACCGCCCGCAGCCGCCCCGUGUCGAUGGAAGGCACCAUGUUCCAUGACGCGUUUGACGACGACGCGUAA